AUGAGUAAGCCCACGACGGCUGAACCCCCACGUGCCUCACUCUCUCCACAUAAAGAGGUUUCCCCUGUCAUCUUCUCUCACCCGGACCAGCAUACCUCUGUGGCUGAGAGCGUUCUGGUUUUGUGUGGUGGUAGUGAGUGUGACGCCAUGGACAAGAGUGUGUCUCUGGCUGCCUCAGAUGUGAAGCUGCCACGGCUGAUUAAUUCAAACUUUCCUGCUGAUCCAGAGAAGAUGUCCAUCUCUGGUCACUCCAUGGGGGGCCACGGAGCUCUCAUUUGUGCACUUAAGAAUCCUGGGAAAUAUAAGUCUGUGUCAGCGUUUGCACCCAUCUGUAACCCCAUACAAUGUGCAUGGGGACAGAAAGCUUUUUCUGGCUAUCUUGGACCUGACAAGUCCACCUGGGAGUUGUAUGAUGCUACUGUAUUGGCUGAAUCAUAUUCCGGUCCUGAGCUUGAUAUUCUGAUUGAUCAAGGCCUUAGCAUGUUAUAA